AUGAUGUCCAUGAUUCGUGCCUCCACCUCGACCACCACCGUCGCCAAGCGCUUGAUCUCAAGCUCAACCAGGGCCAAUGCCGCUGCUGUCGCCAUCAACCACACCGUUGCCGCUGCUCCCUCAAAUGGAGCCAAGACUGCCAAGACUGUCGCCUAUGCCGUCCUCGGAAGCACUGCUGUCGUCGCCAGCGUCUCGCACCUCUUGAAGGACGAGGUCGUCUACUGGACCCCAAACAAGUAA